UUAUUAUAUGACAAGGUUAUUAAAAUAUUAAUAUUUAAAAUUUUACAAGAAGUUCUAUUAUAUAUUAUAACUGCCUUUACUAUGUAUGUGUGGAGUAUUCCUCCAUGUGAAGACGUCGAUCAUAAUGGACAAGAAAAUGGUGCUUCUUCAAGAACAAGAACACAAAGUGAAUGUUCGGCAGCUAGUGACGAUGGUAAUAAUGCAGGAAAAAGACAAAGAACAACAUCACAACAGUUAUUGGCUUCAAGUGGUAUAACAGCAGCAUCUCCACCGAAAUUCGUUUCUUUAGAAGAAAUAAUGAAAGCCGCAAAUGGUAUGCGUGAUAUGUCUUUGGUACAUCAAAUCGCAGUGGACAACGAUUUUCGACUGCAACAAGUGGAUCCUCCAACAAAUACAUUACACAAAGCUGUAAAGGAAAGCAUGCACAAAGCAUUUUGGGAUAUAUUGAAGAUUGAACUCAAUGAAAAUCCUCCCAGUUACACCCAAGCCUUACGAUUACUAGAAGACAUAAAAGAGGGUCUUUUUCGUGUACUUCUACCACAACAUAGUAAAUUGAAACAACAAAUAUCAGAAGUUUUGGAUAACGAUCUGAUUCGACAACAAGCUGAAAAGGGAACCUUAGAUUUUCGUCAUUACGCUCAAUACGUCAUUUCAGUCAUGUCACGGUUGUGUGCUCCAGUUAGGGACGAAAAAAUUAAGCAACUCACCGAAAUGACUGAUGUUAUUGACACAUUCAAAGGAAUUUUAGAAACUUUGGAUUUGAUGGCUUUGGAUAUGGCAAAUUUCACUAUUGACAUGGUCAGACCUGACAUUAUAGCUCACAGUGUUGAGCUUGAAAGGAAGAAGUUUGCUGAUUAUUUAGCUGUGCAACCGGAUGGUUUGCAACAUACUCGUAAUUGGUUGCUAAGGCACGUGAGUACUAUCGAAGCAGUACCUUCUAAUGUCGAUCGAAACAGUUAUAUCAAACAUUUAACCAAGAAAACGUUCUCAGAAGCUUGUUUGGAUCUGUUGGAGUGGAACGCACAAAAUCCAUACCCAGAGACGUUCAUGUUAGAUGAAGAAAGGUUGUCAAAUAUCGAGUUGCAAACGAACCGAUUAAUAAUAGCCGGCUCUAUUCUACUGAUAACAGGUAGCUAUGUGGGCCCAGAUCUGCAGUUUAUUAUGUCAUUCAAGGAAACGAUCAAAGAGCAUUCCCUUAUUUUACUGCAAACUGUUACUUCUGAAAAAGAUUUGAAAAAUACCCUACCGAACAUAGCUAUUCAAAUAAUUAAAGAUGUGAAACAGGCGCAGGAGAAACAUGGACUGCCGCAAAUCACAAAAGAAGUUGAAGAAUUGCUAACCAAUCAGAUAGUGGACUUGACUAACCCUGAACAUAGAAUACGACAACUUGUUCGGCAAAGGAUAAGAGAGUUUCUCUUACAAAUAAUCCAGUCUUCGACAGCAGCGCCACAAAAAGUGCCUUCUGGUCUAACUACGUUGCAAAAAGAACUGACAACCGUCGCAGGUCAAUUUUUGAAAAUAAUUUCGCACAACAGUAGCGUUUUUUGCAAUUACUACUACGACAUAUUAGACAAUGCUAUACCGAAAAACUAGGGUGAUAAAUAUUAUAUAAUGUUGCAUUUAAUCAUCAUCCUGUUUUUGUAUCAUAACAAAAAUAUUAUCAGUAGAAGCUUAAAGUUCAUUUAUAUUACACUUAAAAGGAAGUAAAAAAUUAGCAAAAACUAACCGAUUAUUAUGUAAAAAUAAACACCGCGACUAAUGUUAACCUGGAAGAAGUAAUUUUAAGGCCUUUAUACUUAGUAACCAUACUCUAGUCGAUGGUUUUAUGUCAGAGAAGUAACAUGCAUACCUAUAAAUUUUUCACACAUAAACAUUAAUAAUAACGAUGUAUGCAAUUAUUAUAAAUAUUUAAAUAAAAUGUAAUUUUGUAUAAGA